GUGCGCGCAGACAAACGCGACGAGGGCAAGGGAAGGGCGGCGAAUGCUGGAUGAUGGAAAGUGCUUGAAACGUGGCUGGCUGCUGGCGCGCCAUGUCGAUGCGCUGACAUAUCUUGUUUAAAACAGUAUAUAGUGAUACAUACGAUAACGCAUAAGUUACCUACCGGCACGGGCGAGAAAAAAGACAGAAAUGCAGAGAGACAUACUGACUGUCAUGGACUGACUGAGUGACUGACUGACUGACUGACAGACUGCGAUAGAUAGCUGACCCCACCACACACUCCCAACAGCGCGCGCACCACACACCGCACACCACACACUGCGCCUGUCUGUCAGCCAACCUGUUUCCCGACCUGGGGGGAACGACCUAUACUACAAAUACGCGGCCCACGCCACACCCACACCGAUGCACACGCAAUGGCUGGCUGGCUGACGGUGUGCAGGUCAGGUCAGUCAGUCAGUCAGGUGGGCAGUGUGCUGAGUAUUUCUUGGAGGUUUGGGUCGACCUCGGUCUUGUGUCUGAUGGCGUCGCAGAGGACGAAGGCCGUGUCGCGGUCGAACAGGUCGGCGAUGUAGAUCAGCAGGUGGAAGUCGGCGUACCGGUGCCACGACGGCUCGCUAGACGGUACCUUCUUCAAGUACUCCUGAUAAUGGACCGACCGAUAGACCAACCGAAGGGCAGCAUGGAAACGUGUUCGUGUGUGGCGCUCUCUCUCUCUCUGUGUCACUCUCUCUGUGAGUGUGUGUGUGGGUGUGGGUCGGUUGUGUGUGCUCACCCUGACGGCUGCCCUGCUCUGUGUCUCGUUGGGCUGUCGGUUCUCCCGCGGGAAUAUCGCGUGCUUGAACAUCGAACGAGCCUGUGCACAUGUUUCGAUGGACAGACAGAUGGCUGAACGCUUCUAGUGCUGGUCGGUCUGUCUGUCUGUCUGUCUGUCGUGUGUGGUAUGCUUCGGUGCGUGUGUGCGUGUGUGUGUGUGUGUACCCGUCUAGGUGCAGAUUCGUUGACCCUGACGAUGAGCCAGUCGACGUCGAACUUGUCAGUCUCGUGGCCCGACUCCAGAAUCUGAGCCAUGAUCUCGUGCUGCACACAUCACAUCCAUCCACCCACCAAUCAAUCACACGACAUUCAACACAUACACACACGUCUGUCUGCCUUUCCUCUCUUAUACAUUCGCGUGUGUGCUUUGCCGUCCGCACCUUCUUCCUUGGCUUGAGUUGCAGGUGCCGGGGGUCGGGCGACAUCCCCAACACGCCGUCACGCACAAACGCCAUGCCCUGAUCCACACCACACCACACAGACAGAGUGAGGUUUAGGAGCAAACCCGCCAUUGACUGACACAUGCUAUGCAGCAUCAGCUGACUAUGGCGUGUGUGUGUGUCUACCAGGUCGGAGAUCAUGAAUGCGUUGGGUGCGGCGCCGGCGGCCCCCAUGGCCGAGUUGGGGUCGGGCGCGAUGGUCAGCGUCACGAACUUGGACACGGGAUAAGACGUGAAGUGCUUGUCGCUCAGAUGAUCCAACUGCAGCCUGCCAUGACAUGACGCCGCAUAUACAACACACAUGCCCACCCAUCAAACACACACAGGACGGGAUGUGCUGUGCUGGUACCAGCGUGGAUAAUGGGAGUGUCUGUCUGGGUGUGUUGACCCACUUACCGUGCGAUUUUUUGUAUCUCGUCUGAGGUGAGCAGCUCGUCUCUGGGGAGGUGUGUGAAGAUGUAGCCGAUGCGCUCGAGGCCCAGCCGACCGGCGACGGCCUCCACCGUGGCGUGGAAGGGGUCGUCCAGAAACUGGAUGCCCUCACCCACCUCAACCUUUUGAUUGACACACCGAACCAACACCAACCACCCCCACACAGACACAGACACAGACACCCACCAUACCAUCCGCCGUUGACUGACAUGGCUGUUCGGUUGGUUGUGUCACUCACUUACGGUGCCUGCCACCGUGCUGUGCUGUGCUCACCCACCUGUGGCGGCUCGUAGAUGGCCUCGAGGACGGCGCGCAUGCCCAUGGGGUAGUGACUGUCCUCGACGUAGUAGCCGUACAGCCAGCCGCCCCGCUGGGUGGCGAGCUCGCACUUGUCGGUCCAGUAGCUGCAGAAGUUCUGCAUCUCGCUGAUGUUCAUCAGCUCGAGGUGGUCCACGUGGCGGUACGGCUGAUGCUUCAGGGUCACUGCUGGCGGCAGCUGCAGUGUACCAUACCCACCCCACACACAUACACAGAGGUGGCGGUGGUGGUGCUGGCUGGCUGACGUACCUACCUUUGUCAUGCGUCCCAUUUCCAUGGUGAUGGGUGUGAAUGUGCGGUGGAAGGGCAGGUCGAUGACGUUGUACCCGUUGUCGUGCAGAAACUGGUCAAAGUUCUUGAACUUGGGCUCGUCCUUCUUCUCACCAUCCACACCACCACCACCACCACCUCCCUGCGGCGGAUGGCUCCCCCCCGACCCCACACUGUCCUGCCGCGACGCAGGCGCACUCGCCCCGCCCUCCUGUUUGCCCGCAUCGGAGGCACCGCCACCGCCUGUCUUGGAUGCAUCUUUGGGCGGCAGUGGCGGCAGGUCGUCGAUCUUCAUCUUGGCUGCCGGUGCAAUGGCGUCCCCACGGAUCUCCACCUUGGCCCCGCCCGUCACCUUGAGCCAGAGGAGGUCGCCGUGCCGCACCCCGGCAUGCGUCAGAGACGCAUCGUCGGCCGCUGUGAUGGGCUGGGUCAGCUGCUGGUUGGUGUGCAGCUCCUGCUGCGCUGGCUCGAUGUGGCAGUGCUCGGCGAUCUUCUGCCGCAGUGUGCCCACGGUGUCCGUCGCCUUGAGAGUCAGCCGCACCCUGCCGCCGGGCGAGUUGACGCGCAGAACGAUGUCCGACAUCGGUCAAGGCGCUCUUCUCUCGCUGCUGUGUUGCUGAUGCUGCAGGCAGAGCGGUCUUCAGGCGCUCAUCAUCGGGCUGCAGAGCAGUGGGCGACGGCAGAUUGGGUGGGUGCGCCUUGUGCAGAUACGGGUGGAGAGGACAGAUUGAGUCUCGUGAAGAUCGAUCACAGAUGCGUGUCUGGCGUUCACACACAAAGGGAAAACCCACAAGGAAAUCAGGAAAUUGCUCC